UAAGCAUCAGUUUUUCAGAUUGGGCCGUUUUCUGGCUGACAUUUCUAAAAGAGGAAUUUCUAUGAGACUGAGAUGUUCAGCUGUCUAGCACUUUUUGUAUGUUCGUGAAUGUGGGUAGACUACCAUUAUUCAACAAAGACAAGGUACAAAAUGAAGUCAUUUUCCAUCCCGAGACAUUUCCUCACAAUCGGAUUAUUUUUGGGUUUGUCUGUUUUUACUCUGAGCUGUAGUGGGGGUAAAGUGCUGGUGUAUCCUGUCGAUGGCAGCCACUGGGUCAAUAUGAAAAUUUUGAUAGAGGAAAUGCACACCAGGGGUCAUAGCAUCACCGUCGUCCGACCCAAAUCCAGCUGGUACAUCACAGAAAAUUCCCCUUUCUACUCCUCUAUCACAGUACAUGAUGAAAUAAAUGAAUUUGCAGACUUUUGGGACGAGUAUUUAGAAAAAACGAUAGAGAUAGAAAGAGGCGAAAGCUCCGGACUGUCGUUCUUAAAAAUUCAAGCCGAUUUGUUAUCCAUGCUGUCGAAAGCCCAUCAUCUUGGUUGUAAAAUGCUGUCGUCCAUGUUAGAAGAUAAGCAGCUUGUGAGAAGACUCCAGGAUGAGCAGUACGACCUGGUCCUCACAGAUCCUGCUAUAGCAGGUGGGGUGGUUUUGGCACAUUACCUAAAACUUCCUCUGGUUCUCAACGUGCGCUGGACCACCAGUGGCGAAGCACAUUUUCUCAUUGCACCAUCCCCCAUGUCUUACGUUCCUUUACCAGGCACUGGAUAUACAGAUAAAAUGAGUUUUACUCAAAGGGUUAAAAAUGUCUUAUUCAAAAGCUUUACUUUGAUCCAGAACAGAUAUGUGGUCGGUCCACAUUAUGACGUUCUCAUAGAUAAGUACUUGGAUGAAAAGAAAGAUAUUGUGAGUCUCACGCAAGCUGCAGAUAUCUGGCUCAUGAGGGUCGAUUUUGUCUUUGAGUUUCCGAGGCCCACCAUGCCAAACGUCGUGUACAUGGGCGGAUUUCAAUGCAAACCCUCCAAACCCCUUCCUGAAGAUCUGGAGGCUUUUGUAGAGAGCUCAGGAGAGCAUGGCUUUAUUAUUAUGUCUUUGGGGACGCUUGUUAAAAGCCUCCCCGUUGACAUGACGAAUGAAAUAGCUGCUGCGUUCGCGAGUUUACCGCAAAAAGUCAUCUGGAGAAAUCUAGGACCUCGUCCAUCCAAUGUUGGCAACAAUACUCUUAUAGUAGAAUGGAUGCCACAGAAUGACCUUCUGGGACAUUCAAAGAUCAAAGCUUUUGUAGCACAUGGAGGAACCAAUGGAGUGCAGGAGGCAUUAUACCAUGGGGUACCAAUUUUGGGCAUCCCUUUGUUCUUUGACCAGUUUGACAACUUAAUUCGGGUUCAAGAGAAAGGAGGCGGCGCAAUUCUCAAGUUGUCGGAGAUAAACGUUCAUUCUUUUGGACGAACCUUACGGGAACUGAUUAGCAAUUCCUCCUACAGGACAAAUAUGCAGCUAAUAUCCAAUUUGCACAGGGACCAACCCAUGAGACCUUUAGACACAGCCAUCUUCUGGAUCGAGCAUGUGAUCAGACAUAAAGGAGCUACGCACUUGCACUCUGAGUUUUACAACAUGCCAUGGUACUCUUAUCAUUCGGUGGAUGUGCUUAUGGUAUUGUUGUCUGUUUUUGCUGUCUUUACAUUGACCACAGUUGCAUUCAUCAGAUGUCUAUGUUAUAGACUGUGCUGUAAACAAAAACUGAAAAAUGAAUAAACAAUCUUAUUUUGGGGUGAUAAAGAUGUUUAUGCUUUUUGACAUGCACCAAAUGUACAGUUUCUUUAAAACAUCUAAAAAAGAUUUGUUGGUUCAACUUAAAAAAACUAAAAUACCUUGUUGCCUUCAAAAAAGUUCAUUCAAUUUAAACAUUUUAGUUGAGUAAAAUUGUUGUGUCAACUAAUAUUUUUAAGUUGAAAUAACUCAAAAUUUUAAGGCAACUAGAAAACUUACUUUGUUAAGUUAAACCAACAUUUUACAGUGUAUGAUGAUGUAGGAUCUACAUUCAUCAGUAUAUUAGAUAUCUCAUAGUUUGCUUAAAAAAGUGUGUGUGUAAUAAAUAUGCCUCAGCUCUCAUACAUAUAGGCUAUAUACACUCACCUAAAGGAUUAUUAGGAACACCAAACUAAUACUGUGUUUGACCUCCUUUCACCUUCAGAACUGCCUUAAUUCUACGUGGCAUUGAUUCAACAAGGUGCUGAAAGCAUUUUUUAGAAAUGUUGGCCUAGUUUGAUAAGAUAGCAUCUUGCAGUUGAUGGAGAUUUUUGGGAUGCACAUCCAGGGCACGAAGCUCCCGUUCCACCACAUCCCAAAUAUGCUCUAUUGGGUUGAGAUCUGGUGACUAUGGGGGCCAUUUUAAUACAGUGAACUCAUUGUCAUGUUCAAGAUACCAAUUUAAAAUGAUUCGAGCUUUGUGACAUGGUGCAUUAUCCUGCUGGAAGUAGCCAUCAGAGGAUGGGUACAUGGUGGUCAUAAAGAGAUGGACAUGGUCAGAAACAAUGCUCAGGUAGGCUGUGGCAUUUAAACAAUGCCCAAUUGGCACUAAGGGGCCUAAAGUGUGCCAAGAAAACAUCCCCCACACCAUUACACCACCACCACCAGCCUGCACAGUGGUAACAAGGCAUGAUCGAUCCAUGUUCUCAUUCUGUUUACGCCAAAUUCUGACUCUACCAUCUGAAUGUUCCAACAGAAAUCGAGACUCAUCAGACCACACAACUUUUUCCAAUCUUCAACUGUCCAAUUUUGGUGAGCUCGUGCAAAUUGUAGCCUGUUUUUCCUAUUUGUAGUGGAGAUGAGUGGUAGCCUGUGGGGCCUUCUGCUGUUGUGGCCCAUCCGCCUCAAGGUUGUGCGUGUUGUGGCUUCACAAAUGCUUUGCUGCAUACCUCGGUUGUAACAAGUGGUUAUUUCCGUCAAAGUUGCUCUUCUAUCAGCUUGAAUCAGUCGCCAAUUCUCCUCUGACCUCUAGCAUCACUAAGGCAGUUUUUCCCUUUUCACACGAUUCUUUGGUUCUGCAGUAACCGACCUGUCUGGCACCAACAACAAUACCACGCUCAAAAUUCCCUUUCUUUCCCAUUCUGACAUUCAGUUUGGAGUUCAGGAGAUUGUCUUGACCAGGACCACACCUAUAAAUACAUUGACGCAACUGCCAUGUGAUUGGUUGAUUAGAUAAUUGCAUUAAUGAGAAAUUGAACAGGUGUACCUAAUAAUCCUUUAGGUGAGUGUCUAUAUCAUAAGUCAUUUUGUAACAUAUCAGUUUAGUAUUUUCAGCUGGGCAGUCGUCUCAUUCAGAUCUCAUUUAGUUGGUAAAAUUCUUGUGCUUUUCCUGUAUUAAAAAAUCUAUGUUGAGUUUCAAAACCUGUUGACAGAGUCUUUAUAAAUGUGUCAUGGUGAGGAAUCAUUUAAGCUUCAUGGUGGUCACAUUUAUUUAUUGCCUAUUGUGCCACAUGUGCUAACAUGCUGGCUGGCUGCGCACGCGCGCGCGAGAGAGAGAAAUACCCAGCAUAAUAUGAGUUGGUUGCAUUGAAAGCAGUUGUGUUUUAAGUACAGUGUGAUUAAUGAGCUAUAGACAUAAAAAAAACCUUUAAUUUAUGCAUUGUGCAACAAUUGUCAAGCUUUAUAUAGUUUAUACAGAAUAGUGACUCAACAACUAUUGAAACAAGGCCUUUCGCGUGCUGAAGUCAAAGAGUUCAUGUAGCUUAGUAACAUCUUUCCCGAAUGCUUCACAUGUUGUUUGAUUCCCAGAGAAGUUGUGUUUCAAUUCUGAGUAAAAAGAUUAUGUCAGCCCUGGAUAAAGUCCACGCUUCGUCAUAUAACACAUACACAUAUUGCAAACCGCACUUCAAAGUUCUCAAUAGUGCAUUAAAGAUUAAAGACGAAACCUAACGGUAAACUGCAGCAGGAUGCAGGAGUGAUAAAAGCAAUCCACAAUAUACAAUUACAGUAAAUGUUUGUAAACUACUCUGUGCAGAGUAUGUGUACUUAUAUGUGUAGGGAUUGCUGAAUUUCUGCUGUUGAAUGGAGACCUUGACAUACUGUGAACAUAACUGCACAUCGUUGACCAAUGCACAGAUACAUAGCAGCUGUAACAGGCCAUAACAAACUGUUCUAGGUCAAAGGCUGCUGAACCAGAACAGUUUAUUAACCGCUGGUUUAAAUGUCAACACUAAAUUGAAACAUACCAGCAUAGGUUAAUGUAAACUAACAUUUUAUACACUGAUGGAUUGAAACAACUCAGCAUUUUUAAUCAAGAACUGUAUUCUUUGACAAGACUUACUGUAUUACUUAAGCCAGGCUGUUUUCCAGGGUGCACAUGUGUAUAAGCAUGUGAAAAUGUUUGUAAAGCAAAGCGGAUCUGUCAUCAAUAAAAGU